AUGCCGCCGAAGAGAAAUUUCAGGAAGCGUAACUUCGAGGAGGAAGAAGAAGACGAUCUUAGUAAAGCCGCAAUUUCAGACGAAGAAGAGCAACGAAGAUUGGCGUUAGAAGAGGUGAAGUUUCUGCAGAAGCAGAGAGAGAGAAAACUAGGAAUCCCAGCGUUAUCGACGGCGCAAAAUAGCAUAGGAAAAGCGAAACCAGUGGAGAAAACCGAAGCUGAAGGAGAGAAAGAAGAGCUUGUGCUGCAGGAUACGUUUGCUCAAGAGACUGCUGUUUUGAUUGAAGAUCCCAACAUGGUAAAAUACAUUGAACAAGAAUUAGCGAAGAAGAGAGGGAGAAACAUUGAUGAUGCAGAGGAGGUUGAGAACGAAUUGAAGCGAGUGGAGGAUGAGUUGUAUAUGAUACCUGAUCAUCUUAAGGUCAAGAAGCGUAGCUCGGAAGAGAGCUCAACACAGUGGACUACUGGAAUAGCGGAAGUCCAACUCCCAAUUGAAUACAAGCUGAAGAACAUUGAAGAAACAGAAGCUGCUAAGAAGCUUCUGCAAGAGAAGAGGCUUAUGGGUCGGCCUAAAUCAGAGUUUAGCAUUCCGUCUAGCUAUAGUGCCGAUUACUUCCAGCGUGGGAAAGACUAUGCUGAGAAGCUUAGAAGAGAACAUCCGGAGCUAUACAAAGAUAGGAGCUCUCAAGCUGAUGGGGAAGGAGCUAAACCGUCUACUAGUACUAAUAACAAUGCUGCUGCUGAUUCAGGGAAGAGCAGACAAGCUGCUACUGAUCAGAUCAUGCUGGAACGAUUCCGCAAGAGAGAGCGUAACCGUGUGAUGCGGAGAUAA